UCUGUAGUUUUUAGUUCUCUUCCGGUGAAGAAAUGGCUUCGAGAUUUAUUGUUCAGAGGCGAUCGAUCUCAACUACGACUUGGCUCUGUGAGAGAAUUAAGCAAACAGAAAAUGAAAUUGUCCAAAUGUUCCGCAUGCCAAGUCCCCAGAAUGCCUCCUUGCACCUGAACAACACAAAUCCCAAACGGCCAAGGAAUGACCCCUCUGUUCGUGCAUUGGAUGAGAGGUUUAUGAGGAUUUUGAAGAUAUUCAAGUGGGGUCCUGAUGCUGAGAAGGCCUUGGAAGUAUUAAUGCUGAAGGUUGAUCAUCGGCUGGUCCGUGAAGUCAUGAAGAUAAAUGUCGAGAUCAACGUUAAGAUACAGUUCUUUAAGUGGGCUGGCAAGAGGAAGAAUUUUGAACACGACUCGACCACUUAUAUGACUCUGAUACGUUGCUUGAAUGAAGCUGGAUUGUUUGGUGAAAUGUGGAAGACAAUCCAAGAAAUGGUUCGUAGCAAUUCCGUGGUUGGACCUGCUGAGUUAUCUGAGAUUGUUCGGAUUUUAGGCAAGGCGAAGAUGGUUAAUAAGGCACUCUCCAUCUUCUACCAGGUCAAGGCCCGGAAGUGCAAACCGACAGCAAGCACUUAUAAUGCCAUGAUCUUGAUGCUAAUGCAGGAGGGCCAUCAUGAGAAGGUCCAUGAGCUCUACAAUGAAAUGUGUAAUGAGGGCAAUUGUUUCCCUGACACUGUGACCUACAGUGCACUUGUAUCUGCAUUUAGCAAGCUGGGUCGUGAGGACUCUGCUAUUAGACUGUUUGAUGAAAUGAAGGAGAAUGGUUUGGAGCCCACAGCAAGGAUUUAUACUACUCUGAUUGAGAUAUUUUUCAAGUUGGGAAGGGUUGAGAAAGCCUUAGCUUUGUUCCAUGAGAUGAAAGGGAAGUGUUGUACUCCCACAGUAUUUACUUACACUGAAUUGAUCAAGGGGCUUGGGAAAAGUGGAAGGGUUGAAGAGGCUUAUGGGGCCUUUCUUGAUAUGCGAAAAGACGGCUGUAAGCCAGAUGUGGUGCUCAUAAACAAUUUAAUCAACAUCUUAGGCAAGGCUGGUCGGUUGAGUGAUGCUAUUAAGCUGUUUGAAGACAUGGGUUCUUCCCAGUGCACACCAAAUGUGGUGACAUAUAACACUGUAAUUAAAGCUAUUUUUCAAUGCAAGGCUCCUGCAUCAGAUGCUGCUUCCUUGUUUGAGAAGAUGAAGGGUCAUGGCAUUGUUCCCAGUGCUUUUACUUAUUCAAUUCUUAUUGAUGGUUUUUGCAAGACAAAUAGAGUUGAGAAAGCCUUAAUGCUUCUUGAGGAGAUGGAUGAAAAGGGUUUCCCUCCGUGCCCUGCUGCCUAUUGCAGUCUGAUUGAUGCUCUUGGAAAGGCAAAACGGUAUGAAGCUGCAAAUGAGUUAUUUCAGGAACUAAAAGAGAACUGUGGAUCAUCAAGUGCUCGGAUAUAUGCUGUGAUGAUCAAACACUUUGGAAAAUGUGGACGUCUCAGUGAGGCUGUAGACCUUUUCAAUGAAAUGAAGAGUCUUGGAUGCAAUCCGGAUGUUUAUGCUUACAAUGCCCUCAUGUCAGGGAUGGUGAGGGUUGGCAUGAUAGACGAGGCUCAUUCCUUGCUUCGAACAAUGGAAGAGCAGGGUUGCUUUCCGGAUUUAAACUCACACAACAUUAUUUUGAACGGCUUGGCAAAGACAGGUGGCCCUAAACGGGCAAUGGAGAUGUUUACAAAGAUGAAACGUUCAAAGAUUAAGCCAGAUGCUGUCUCAUACAACACAGUUCUUGGCUGCCUUAGUCGUGCUGGUAUGUUCGAGGAGGCAGCAAAGUUAAUGAAAGAGAUGAAUUCGAAUGGAUUUGAAUAUGAUAUCAUUACCUAUUCAUCUCUUCUUGAGGCUGUAGGUAAAAUUGAUGAAGAACAGAUACAUUCAUCUCUGUAAGACUCAGAGGGAUCUGGUAUGUUUUUGUCACUGUUUUCCUCGUCAUACUUCCUUGUAUUAAUAUCAUAUCUCUUUCACCUUAUUAUAUGGAGCUGCAUUUCUUAACUUUAGGCUCUAAUUAGAAUGUUGAAUAUGAUUGAGGGGAUUGUUCUAGAACUUAAUUUUUUGAAUGCCAGGAGACCAGAUUAUGUGAUGCUUUUGUGGAUUUAUAUGCCAUUAAUUGGCAAUAAAUGCAUUACUUUUGGUUGUAA